AAAGCCAGAGUCCUAUCCUCCUACUUCCCACUCGACUCUCCCUCUGUUUCUAGAGAGAGAAACUCACUCUUUUUAGAGAGAGAAACAGUUACCUUUCACACGAAAAUGGCUUCAUACUCCGCAACAACCAAAUCGUUUACACUAUUUUGCCUUGUCGUCUCUUAUUUCCUUGCUGUUUUUACUGCAGAAGAUGGCUUACUAACCAACGGCGACUUCGAGACACCACCAUCGGGAGGUUUCGCCGACGAAGGCCUCGGCGACAACCCCGACGCAAUCCCAAACUGGAAAGUCAACGGCACGGUGGAACUAGUCGCCUCCGGUCAAAAACAAGGCGGAAUGAUCCUGAUCGUCCCCGAAGGUCGACACGCAGUGAGACUCGGCAACGACGCUCAGAUCUCCCAAGAAUUAAAAUUAGAAAAAGGCGAAAUUUACUCCAUCACUUUCAGCGCCUCUCGCACGUGUGCACAGCUAGAAUCCCUAAACGUGUCUGUUCCACCUGCGUCACAGACGAUUGAUUUACAAACGCUGUAUAGUGUUCAAGGAUGGGACACGUACGCUUGGGCGUUUCAAGCUGAUCAAGAAGAUACUAAUGUCGUUUUUACGAAUCCUGGCAUGGAAGAUGACCCCACGUGUGGGCCCAUCAUUGAUGAUAUCGCUAUUAAGAAGCUUUUUGUUCCUACCAAACCUAAAGAUAACGCAGUACUAAACGGAGAUUUUGAAGAAGGUCCAUGGAUGUUUAGGAACGCGUCUCUAGGCGUCCUACUCCCAACCAACCUGGAUGAGGAAAUCUCAUCCCUACCCGGUUGGAUCGUAGAAUCCAACCGGGCAGUUCGUUACAUCGACUCAAACCACUUCUCAGUCCCGGGCGACAAACGCGCCCUAGAACUACUUUCAGGCAAAGAAGGCAUAAUCUCCCAAAUGGUUUCCACCACCCCAAACAAGCCUUACAAAAUGUCAUUUUCCCUCGGUCACGCGAAUGACAUGUGCAAGCAACCCCUUGCAGUCAUGGCAUUCGCGGGUGACCAAGCGGAAAACAUUCACUAUGCGCCAAACGGGAAUUCCACUUUUCAAAUUGUGAAUGUGAAUUUUACGGCUAAGGCCGAGAGGACACGUGUCGCGUUUUAUAGUGUUUAUUAUAAUACGAGAAGUGAUGAUAUGAGCUCUUUGUGUGGGCCUGUGGUUGAUGAUGUGGCGGUGGUGGUUUCAAAGGGGGUUAGAGGGUUAGGGUUUUCGGGUUUGGUGGUUUUUGUUUUGGUUUUGUUGUUUGUGGUUUAGUUUUUAUGUUGUGAUUUAUUUGGUAAGCAUUAAGCAAAGCUUUUGGUGGUUUCCACUUGUAUGUAGUAAUGGAAUUGAAUAUUUAUGAUGAAAUGGAAUAGAAUGAAGUAUUUAGUAUUAUGAUAAAA